AACAACGAUAAUCGAUUUUGAAUUAUUACUCCCCGUCAUUGAAAAAGAAAAUGUCAAAGUGAUAAGUUUACAGCUACAAUAAAAAUUAUACAAAUAUAUUGAACAGUAUAAAAUAUAUAAUUGCAUACUAAAAUACAUCUCUAUAUAACUAAAAGAAAGAGAUAAACCAUGAAAAUUCCGUACGUGGUAUCGCUGAACUGCCGCGAGGCGUACGCAACGUCCGCUUUCAUGCAAGCUUCGGCUGGAGAGAUGUCUCGCAAAAUCAUAGCCGAAGACUUCGAAUGGGAUAAUGGAGUAACACCAGCUCCUCUCACGUUUUUCGCUGCGCUCGAGCUAUCCAAGAUAUUCCAUCGACUCAACCCUCUUCAUAAAAUAUUGCAAAAGGAUGUCGACAUACUUAUGGAUUUGUUUCCUGCAGAUAUUCCUCUUAAGUUUACUGUGCCUCAUAUCAAGGAUGAACAAUAUUGGAAACGCUCCUAUGCUACGAAGUUUCCAUCCAAAAAGGAGAUCGGUGUCACUUUUUGGAAAGGCAAAUUUUUAUCUUCGUGUUUACAAGACUACUUAGAAAAUGUAAAUCCUGAUGUAUUUAUAGAGGAGGAUGCUGUAAACCUUGCAUCACUGGUCAGCCCUUACAUUUACGAAUUGUCACUGAACCAACUGCAAAUAGUUCGUCAACCAACUCCACCUGUUCCUCAAGAGAAUGUUGUUGAAGACACGUGCCCUUUUAGCGUUCCGAAGCUAUACGACCACAUACCACUCGAGCCAGUGCUUGUCAAGCUGUACAAUCUCCGGGAGAUAUCGCUAGUGUUCUGUCUGAACGACGUGCAGGACAAUUACUUGCCGCGAUACUUUGAAUUCUCAAUGGGCGAUUGUGAGUCGCUCUGCAGGGGCCUCGAAGAUUUAAGACACCUUCAAACGUUUCGUAUCAACCGAAGUAAUCUGGACUGUUCCAAAGUAAAAUUGAUCUUACAAAACCUCGUAAGGAAAGAAAGUAUUGAAGAGUUGGAUUUUAAUCAUUGUAAGAUCGGAGAUUACGGCAUGAAAGCACUCGGCGGCUUCAUCUUUAUUCACAAUAAUGUGAAAAGAGUAAGAAUUGCAAACAAUCGGUUCAAAGAGGUCGGCGUGCAGGGUAUCGCUUACGCUCUGCAGACGAAGCCUGCGGCGCCUAUAGAACUUUUAGAUUUCAGUUUGAACUCUAUGUCAUUGGAGUGCGCGACGACGUUUGCUGCGGCGUUUGUGAGGUGCAAGGAGAAGCCUCAGACGCUAAUUGUAAACUCAUGCGGAUUCAAUGGAGCCUCAGCUGAAAAAAUGGCGGGUCUUCUCAGCUUGAAUAGAGGAUUGACAAGAUUAGACAUGGCCGCCAACGAUUUGUCCGGUGAAGCGGAGAAAACGCUUAUCCGCGCGUUGGAGCAAAACAAGAAGAUUUUAAGGAUUGAUCUGCGUAGAACUCACAUAUCAGAAGAGACUCAAGCGAAAGUAGAUGAGCUUCUAGAGCGCAACAAAAAUUUGCUCGGACAAGAAAUGGAACCAAGCGACGAAAUACCGCCUUUGUACCUCAAUGAACCAGAAUAUCUCAUUUGGGAGUACAACCCGAAUAAUCCAGAUUACAUACCUGGACGAUACCCCGAGCGGGUGCCAGAAGUAUAAAAAAUGUUCGCUGUCACGUAUUCAUCAUUGAUUUCAAACCGCAAUACGAUUUCAUAGAUCCGUAUAUCAUGUGCUGUCAUUACAAUGAUUGUUCCUAUUGUACAUUUUGUUUCGUGAUUAGUUAGAUAUUAUUUUUGAGGCUAGAAAUGUAUUUUAUACUAAACUGAAUCCACGCAGUCAUACAAUUUAUGGAAUUAGCAGUUAAUAUGUCAUGUCGGUGUUAUCUUUUACAAAAUUAAUUUCGUAUAAAUUACAGUAUUAUCUGAUAUACUCACUGACCCAAAGUUGCCAACGUGUCAUAAAAUAUAUUGUUUUUAAAGAGUUAUAAUGAACCUCAUAAGUGGACAGUAUUACGUCCUUUGCAAACAAAGUAUAAUGGCUUCGUAAAUUGUUCAGUUGAUAAGUAACUUUUAUGACUUGAGAAGUCGGGAGGAUCAAAGCGUCAAUGUUGGAAAAACUCGAUUGCUUCAUUUGAAUCAAUUCUCACAGGGAGAAACGAUCGCUGAGUAAUUUUAUGUACCAAAAUAAAGUUCACCCAAGUAAUGAUGGUCAAAGUUGUUUCUAAUAAAUCUGAAUUUCGGUGCAGAUGUUGGGGAUUUUAAUAAUAUUAUAUUUACCGUGAGUUUGGUUAGAUUUCAUUGUAAUUAUUGUAUCUUCAUUUUGAUGGCCUUGCUGAUCUGCCCCUGUCAAGGUUUUGAUAAAAUUUUUGGUAGUUUUAUUUAGUUCACUUAUUAUUCAACGCACAAAAUGUUACGUAGCACUUUUAUAAAAUAAAAAAUAAUUCAAAUUGUUUAAUUAUAAUUUACAUAGAUUUAUCUUAAUUUGCGUAGACUCAUCUUUAUUUCGGUUUAAUCAGUUUUUUUAUGCCAUGUAAUAAAAAUUUUAUAAAUUAAAUUUAUAUAAUUUAAA